AUGGUUCUCCUCACGUCGUCCACGGUCUCUGCUAUCGUGUCGAUGGGAGUAGUUUGCAUUUUUACUUUGUUAUUAUUCGUUUCGGGCUACGUGUUACAACAAAACUCAGUGAAGAACAUUCAGCAUGCUUUGCGCAAGCCCCCUGAUGGCCCCCCCAUUGUAGGGCGCGGAUCCCCCGGAUCUACAUUCCAAAAGCCUGCACACAAACGCGGUCUGUCAGAUUCAGAUUCUGGGUUAGCGGCCGAUCAAAAAACUCUACAAGGGAGUCCAGAUCGUCAAUCGGGCUCAAGAGGAAACUAUGCAUAUCUUCAGCUUUUGUCAAGGCCGGACCCAUCCGAUAUCUGCUCUGCUAUCCUCCUCUUCAAACAACUCGCAACAAACGGCUCAGUGAUCCAGGAUCGCCUGUUUAUGUAUCCCGAAGAAUGGGAUCGCAUGUCUGCAAAGAGGCUUGGAAAGUCUGCUUCACUAGCAUUGUCUAUUCUACGCGUUGCUAGUAUCAAGUACGGCAUCUGGUUGCUACCCAUCGACGUAAGUGCAGCAAUACGUGCUGGAUACACAAUGUCCAACACCAAACUUCUGCGUUUGGGACAAAUCCAGUUUAUGCAGUAUGACAGCGUGUUGUAUCUGCAGUCACCCGGGUUGGUUUUGGACACCGAGAAGCUUGAUGAGGUGUUAUUGUCACGACCACUUCCCCUCUUACACGACUGGAACCGCCCAGAGUCGUACAAUAACGAAGCAUGGACUCCAAUGUCUCUUCGCCCAGACCGCGACGACGACUUGCCUCCUGUAUACUUGAUUACGGUUAACAAUGUCGACGGCGGACGCGUCCAGACUCGCACGCAUGUCCCCAAUGUUGACCUUCCUGGAUUUGGCAACCUCGUGACCAGCCCCGCGGAUUUUGAUAGGCUGGGUGAGCAACCGGGAUACGUAUAUUUUGAGAAUGAUCGUGAUGGACGGGUCAAAUGGACAGGGAACCCGCUUUUUGGAGCCUGGCGAUCACAACAGCAUGAAGUCUGUGAAGGACUAGACUUUGACGACGAUUUCCUUUACGAGCAAUGA